AAACGGAAGUAAAUAGUCACUGCUACUUCUGGGAGAACGUUUUCUGGAGGUCUUUCUACGUAGAAAAACUGAGCUGCCUCCUGCAUAGGCCAGAGUACCUGGGGGCUACCUACAAAGAGAAAUUAAUUUCUGUGAAGAUUAAAUCCCAGCAGAUUUUGGCAUCAGCUCUUCUAAAUCAGAAUGUCUACAGAAGUAAGGGAGGCUUCGAUGCUGGUUUCACAAAUGCCAGAUGAACAAGAUAGGAUUCUAAUAGUGAAGAUGGAAGAGGAGGAAAUCCACACCUGUGAGCAGGAACCCAGUCUCCACUGGAACAGCUGCUAUAGCCCGGAAACAUUUCGACAGCGUUUCAGGCAGUUUGGCUACCAGGACUCACCUGGCCCCCGUGAAGCCUUGAGUCAACUUAGGGAAUUUUGCCAUCUAUGGCUGAGGCCUGAAAUGCACACAAAGGAGCAGAUCUUGGAGCUGCUGGUGCUAGAGCAGUUCCUGGCAAUUCUGCCCAAAGAGCUUCAGACUUUAGUACAAAAGCAUCACCCAGAGAAUGGAGAGGAGGCAGUAACUGUGCUGGAAGAUUUGGAAAGGGAGAUUGAUGGACCAGGAGAGCAGGUCUCAUUCCGUCAACAAAAUCAGGAAGAGAUGGUACUUCAAGGAGCAGAUCAGGAGUCACUAAGCCUUCAAGUCCAGCCCAUGGUUAACCAGCUCAAGUGGGCAUCUUGGGAACUCCACACCCUAAGACAAAGUGGUGAUGACACGAGAGUGGAAAAGGUAGAACUGGCUCCAAAGCAGAUUUCUUCUGAUAUAGCAUCACAUGGUAGUAGUGUUCCUGGCACCCUCAAUAUGAAUGUUCCCCAGGUUUUAAAAUUUAGAGAAACCUGUGAAAGUGAUGGCAGAUUCAAAAGAAGGCAGGGAAAUCCCUCUCGCAAAAAACAGUAUAAAUGUGAUGAAUGUGGUAAAAAUUUCAGUCAAAGCUCAGCCCUUAUUCUUCAUCAGAGAAUCCACAGUGGAGAGAAACCCUAUGAAUGUGAUGAGUGUGCAAAAGCUUUCAGCAGAAGCUCAAUUCUUAUUCAACAUAGGAGAAUCCACACUGGGGAGAAGCCUUAUAUAUGUCAUGAAUGUGGGAAAGCAUUCAGCCAAAGUUCCAAUCUUUUUAGACAUAAGAGAAGGCACAAUAAAGAAAAAAUCCUAACAGUGUCACCGUUUGAGGCAUUUCUCUCCUGGCCGGACCAGGAGAGAACCGGAAGCAGCUCCGCCAGGAGGCUUCUGGGAGAACGUUUUCCUAACAUCCUUUUACGACAGCCCGGAAAGGCGAGCCGCCUGCUUCCAAGGCUGGGGGUGAGGACGAGGAGCCUGCGGGGGAAGCCGGCAGUCAGGCAAUCAGAAGUGGGGGGACAGAAACCGAGGAGCCGGGAGGCUUCAUCCUUGUGUCCGAAGGGCUACUCGUGGAGACACCGCAGCACCCACAGCCAGAGAUUUGCGAGGAAGGACAGGGAAGGGGGAGAGGAGAACUUGCGAUUCUCCAUGGCAACCCUCUUUAAGUUUCCUUCUGAGAUAGUCUCAUUCAGAAUGUCUGCAGAAUUGAGUGAGGAUUCAAUAUUGAUUUCUCCCACUCCAACUGAAAAAGAGAGUAUUUUGAGAGUGAAGAUAGAAGAGGACCGCUCCUAUGAACAGGGAUCUAGUGUCCACUGGAACAGCUGCCAUGGUCCAGAAAUCUUUCGCCAACAGUUCAGGCAGUUUGGGUACCAAGAUUCACCAGGGCCCCGUGAAGCCCUGAGCCAACUCCGUCAGCUUUGCCGUCUCUGGCUUAGACCAGAGAGGCACACAAAGGAGCAGAUCCUAGAGCCUGUCCUGGAGCAGUUCCUGACCAUCUUGCCCAAGGAACUCCAGACCUGGGUUCGAGAGCAUCAUCCAGAAAAUGGGGAAGAGGCAGUGACCAUUCUAGAAGAUUUGGAGAGAGAGCUUGAUGAACCAGGACAUCAGGUCUCAUUCAGUGGUCAAGCACAAGAAGACCUUAUAGAGGAGAUGGAACCUCAGGAAACAGCUGAGGAGUCAUCAAAUAUACAGCCACUGCCCAUGGAAAAUGAGCUUAAGUGGGAAGCGUGGGAGUUCCACCCGCUAAGACACAGUGAUGGUGAUACUCAGACUGAGAAUGGGGAGUCCCCUCCAGAUCAAGAGAUUUCUUCAGGCAUGGAACCACAGGAUGAUAUUUCUGGCACCCUUAAUAUAGACGUUGCUCAGAUUUUCAAAUAUGGAGAAAUCUGUCAGCGUGAGGGCAGAUUUGAAAGAAAGCAGGGAAAUCCCUCUCGUAAAAAACAGCAUAAAUGUGAUGAAUGUGGUAAACUUUUCAGCCAGAGCUCGGCCCUGAUUUUACACCAGAGAAUCCACAGUGGGGAGAAACCUUAUGAAUGUGAUGAGUGUGGGAAAGCCUUCAGCAGGAGUUCAAUCCUUAUUCAACAUCAGAGAAUCCACACUGGAGAAAAACCAUAUAAAUGUCAUGAAUGUGGGAAAGCUUUCAGUCAGAAUUCUGGGCUUAUUAAUCAUCAGAGAAUCCAUACUGGGGAAAAACCCUAUGAAUGUAGUGAGUGUGGGAAAGCUUAUAGUCAAAGCUCAAAUCUUUUUAGGCAUCAGCGAAGACACAGUGAAGAAAAAUCCUAUCAAUGUCAUGAAUGUGUAAAAAUAUUCUUAUAGAGGUUGGGCCUUUUUCAUCAGAAAAGAAGGUGUAAUGGGGAAGGAGGGAAUCAAUUUAGUUUUAGUGGACUAAGUAGUUCCCUCUUAACAUCAUCCACGUGGAAAAUGAGGGAGAUCUGUAGUCAUUAUUUCUACUUUAUCUGUCUUUAUGUUGUUACACCUUUCUAUAGACUCUCAGAAUCUUAACCUUAUUUUUGAUAUUUAUUUCUAAAUUUCCUGUUUGUAAACUCCUCUGCCUGCCCUGUUUCAAAGCUUUCUUGUUAAGACAAGUGAAUUGUUUCUGUAUUCAGAAUAUGAGUCCCUUCAAAGACAGAUUUUAUGUCCUGUUAAAAAUGCAACACCAGAACUCUAAAGACCAAAUCUCCAAAGCACCAUUUCUGACUUUUAAAUUGUCAUCUUUUGUUAAAAUCUUGUUUGCAAAUCAGGCUCUAGGAAUGAUACAUAGCUCAAAAGAAAGAGGUAGACCUUUUAAUGUAAAACAAAAGGAAAUUAAUCUAUAUACAUUAAGUGCCUAGUGUGUGUUAGGCACUGUACUAAGCUCUGGGCAUAGAAAAAGUCAAAAAACUACCUGCUCUCAAGGAGCUCACAAUCCAAUGAAGGAGACCACAAAUGUGUACAAACAAGCUGCAUACAGGAUAAAAGAUGAGAGGCAUUAAGAGGGAUUGAGAAAGGUUUCUUAGAGAAGAUGGAUUUUUGUUGGGACUUGAAGAAAGCUGGUAGGCAGAGAUGAGAGGGAGAGCAUUCCAGGCAUGGGGGACGAGGCCGGUGUCACGGGAUUGAAGAGUAUAUAGCAAGGAGUAAGGUGUAAGAAGAAUGAAAAUGGGUGGGGAACAAGGGUGUGUUGCCCCUUGUAGUGCCAAACAUAGGAUUAUGUAUUUGAUCCUGGAGGUAAUAAGGAGCCACUGGAAUUUAUUGAGUAGGGAGAUGACAUAGGUCAGAGUCAAACAUUGAAAAGCAGACAUGGCACUUAAAUCAGAAAAGGGAUAAACUCUUUUAUUGAAUAAGGAUUGAUUGAUAAUAAUAAGACUCCAUGCAUUAUGAGUACAGUUAUCUAUCUUUUUAAAAAAUGUCCAAAGCUAUCUAAUUUGUAGACAGUUUACUGAUGAAGUUACAGUACCAACAUAUAUCUUAUCAGGAAAUAGUCAAUUAAAAUACAGCUUUAAGAUGGGAAGUUUUAGGAUAUGAGAAUGUGUUGUAGUUACACAUGUUAAGAGGAUAAUGGUGUCAUCCAGGUCAUAUUGGAGUCUAGGAAAAGGAUAGUUGGAGAAUAAAACUUAUCAGCAUGUCUCCAGCACUCUCUAUUUGAUAAUUAAGUACCUACUAUGUGCUUAGCCCUGUGCUAAUCACUGGGUUUACAAAUAACUAAUUCCAACUUUCAAGGGGCUUAUAUUCUAACGUGGAGGGUGAGAAGUUCACUGAGAGUGCUAGCUGCUGGCAUAAGUAUCUAGUCAAUCCAGCCAAUAUAUUGCUGUGGAUGAGAACCACUGAGAUUGAAAAAGAAGUAGUGAGCACUUACAAGUUCCUCAAUGUUACUGUAGCUUGGUACCUACCACUAUGGAUUAUAAACUAGUUUUCUGCUAUAAAUCGGUGUCUUGAGAAUGUAGGGAAAUAUAGACUUUUUCUUCCCUAGGAUAUACUUAUUGCUGAGUAAGUUGAUCCCUUAGAACUAAUGCCACCACCAGAAAUCUAAGGGUUUUAGAUUAAAGAGUUUUCGAGCAGCCCUUAGUAGCAUUCUUCAUCUCCAAGUUGAAGCUGCUCUCUAUUGCGAGUUCUAAAGCUUUUCAAAAGAUCUUAAUAGCUAACUACUCAGACACCAGGUAUCCUUAAAGUUAUACCUUUAUGUUUAAUUGAUCACAUGUUCUGUUUAAAAAUAAAAUUUUUGGUUUGUUCAUGUCUAAAAUAUCUAUCAGACUUCACAAAACUAAUUUUCAGUGUUUCCAGGUUUCUUAACUUGUCAAUAGGGUCAUUAUAAUAAUACACAUAUUAUUAGUCACUAGACUGUGUACUCCAUGGCUAUGUAGCCCAGGUUCAUUGCUUGGUGGAAAACACUAGUAGCAAAAUAAGGCUCUGAGAAAGAGGAGGGGGAAAAAAAAGUAUGUUUAUAGUGACCCUUUGAUGCUGACCCUUAGGAAUUUUAAUCAUUUUAGUCUCAAAAUAAUUAACUAUCUAAUGCUUGGAGUGCCUUCAAAGUAAAAUGGGAUUGUCAUUGGCCAGUUAAAAAUAGUGGUAAAUAAAAGGGCAGCAGGUGGAGAAGUGGAUGCAAAAAGAAGCUCGUUAAUAGAUAUACUGAUCGUGAUUAACCAAGAAAUGUGCUUUAUAGAUUUAACAGUGUACAAAUAUGUCUUGAUACUAUGUAUUUGAAGUUAUAAAAGGGUCUUUUGCUUGGGACUCAUUCUACUUGUAGUUACUAAGAGAGAACAAGUGAUGUCUAAUAAAGCUAUGAGCUCUCCCUAAAAUAAAUAUAUCUUGCAUUA